CACCAUACAUUUUCCUAUAAACUCUAUGGUAUGCACAAUGCUAAAGUGGUAAAAACUAUCACGUAUGUCGCGAACGUCGUGUCCAAAGCCGCGCCCCGUUUACGUCCCGCAAGGUGACACCCUGUAGAAAAUGCGGAUCUUAAAGGCUAUGCUUUUGCUGGUUAAAUGAGGCGGAAGCAGAAAGUCGGAAAUACGUAAUAGACGUCGGUUUUUGGACGCCAACGAACUGGGUAUUUUCGCUUCAUUGGAAGACUGGUGGGACAGGUCUAUGCUGUUCUUCGCGUGUUCAUCAGCCGACUGACUGCGUUCGAAGCGAGCCAUGGGCUACUACCGUGGUGGUCCCGUGAUUUGCAUCAUAUGCGAAUACGAUGCGCUGCCUGUAGUUGGACAUGCCUGCGGGCACAACUUAAUAGCUGAAGCAGGGUUUGCCGCUGGAGUGGCCGUGAAGGAAGCGUUGCGGGCCGAUCCGAAGCUGAAGGGCAAGAUUGUUGUCCUUGGAACACCAGCAGAGGAAAGUGGUGGUGGAAAAAUUGACCUGAUUAAUGCAGGUGCAUUCGCUGACAUAGAUGUGGCCAUGAUGGUUCAUCCCAGCAGAAGCAAUGAACUGGUUCCACUAUUUAUUGGUGUUGGCCAUAUCAGUGUAACAUACCAUGGAAAAGCUGCGCACUCAUCAGGUGCCCCUUGGGAUGGGAUUAAUGCUGUGGAUGCAGCAGUCAUGUGUUACAAUGGUCUGUCGUAUCUUAGACAGCAUAUCAAGCCGAACUGUCGUGUAGGAGCUAUAUUUACUGAUGGAGGUGCAGCAGUUAACAUUAUCCCAGAACGUUCUGCCAUGGACAUCUUAUACCGUGCUCCCACUGUGAGCAUGAUGGCUGAAUUGCGCAAGAAGGUCAUGUCUUGUAUCUCUGCUGGUGCUGAAGCCACAGGUUGUACCAUGGAAGUGACACGGUCCUUUAGCUUCAAGCCAGUUGUUACCAACUCUGUGCUCGCACGACUUUACAAGAAGCAUGCUGAAACACUUGGUUGCCUAAAAGCGAAGCAUUCUUUGUCAAUGAUUGGAAGUUAUCGAGCUGAAGUUAUCUGCCUCAUGUGCUUGCUCAAGAACUGGUGCCUCUGCACAAAAAUCACAGCUCUCUUACGAAUCAGUCAGAACACUCCUUUGCAUCUCUCUCUCUCCCUCGAGACUCCAGUGUUAAAUUUGAUGAUGGCAACAGUGAGGCCAACCUUUUUGUGGCUUCAUCUGACAUGGGCGAUGUGUGCCACACAGUGCCCAGCAUUCACCCUAUUUACCGAAUUGAUUCAGCUGGACCAAACCACACAAAGGAGUUCACAGAUGCUGCAGGCCAUCCAUCUGCUCAGCCACCAACACUAGUUGCUGCUAAAGCCAUGGCUUUAGCAUGCCUUGACAUUUUGCUCAACCCGGAUGUGCUCAUACCUGAAGCUAAGGCAGCAUUUGCUGCUGACAUGGAACGAUCAAAUCGCAGCUGAUAACCAUCCUUGAAGUCUCUAUACCAUAAGAGUGGUUGAUACUGCCUGCGAUAAAAAAUGCACUUAUAAGUGUAAAAUGUUGGUUGGCAAAGGUGUUCACUGAUACUAGCAACGGUUAUUGAAGGCUCAUUAUGUACCGUAGUGGUUAAAUAAAGUUAUGGGUUGUUUGUUAUUAGA